GCCGCCGCCGCGAGUCCUCAGAGCCGGGCUGCGGGCGGCCGGGCGCUCCGGGACGACGCGCGGAGCGGACGGCUCCGGGACGCGGUCGCAGAUGAAGAGAAGUAAAGAAUUGAUAACUAAAAAUCGCAAUCAAGAAGAAAUAAGUAUUCUUCGUUGUUGGAAAUGUAGAAAAUGCAUAGCAGGUUCUGGUUGUUUGAUGGAAUGUCUUGAGAAUCAAGUGACUAAGGGUAGACAUGAUUCAGCUGAUGAUCAAAAUAUUUGUCAUGUGUGGCAUAUGGAUAUAGAAGCCCUUCCAGAAUGGAUACACUGCCUAAUACAAAAAGCCCAGUGGACAGUUGGAAAACUGAAUUGCCCUUUCUGUGGGGCCCGUUUAGGGGGCUUUAAUUUUGUCAGCACUCCAAAAUGUUCCUGUGGCCAGCUUGCAGCUGUACAUCUCUCCAAAAGCCGGACCGAUUAUCAGCCAACACGGUCAGGCCGACUAAUGAGACCCUCGCUGAAAUACUUGUCACAUCCUAGAGUUCAGUCAGGUUGUGACAAGGAGACUCUGCUGAGAGGUGACGCCUCCAAAAACAGAAGUCACGGGCUUUUAAACAUGGCCCAAAAUAAUAAUCGUCCUGGAAGAUUAACAGAAGCACUCUGCCUGGAGGUACGGUCAACAUAUUUCAAGAUGAAGAACGAAAAACUGCUCUUCAAAGCAUCAGAUCCAAAAUAUCAUCUUUUUGUUCCACAGCUUGUGACCGGCAGAUGCACUACGAGAGCUUUUCAUAGAAAAUCACAUAGCUUGGAUUUGGACAUCAAUGAGAAACUGACUUUAUUACCCACUUUAUAUGAAAUCCAUAGUAAGACUACUGUGUAUCCCAGGCUAAAUGAAACGCAGCCUAUUGACCUUUCGGGCUUGCCUUUAGAAUCGAGUAAAAAUAACCGUUCCUUUCAGAUUUCAUCCAGUUUUGAUCCUAAUAUGCUGCUGCAAAGAUUUUCAGUGACUCCCCGUGAGACCCAGACACAAAGAGGAGGAGAAUUUCAGUGUGGUCUAGAAGCUUCUGCAGUGUACUCUGGCCAUGCUAGUCCUAACAACCUGACUUUCCUGAUGGACCUGCCCUCAGCUGGCAGGAGCACACUGGAGGCCCCAGACCAGGAAGAGCACCUCUCUCCUCUGGACUUCCUGCACUCAGGCAGUUUUUCAUUGGGUGCCAUUAAUCAAAGGCUCAGUAAGAGAGAAAAGAGCAAGCUGAAGAAUCUGAGACGGAAACAACGAAGGCAUGAAAGAUGGCUGCAGAAGCAGGGUAAAUGUCCAGGAGUGGGAUUGCUGGAUCAUAUGACUUUGGAUAAUGAGAUGAGUACAGAUGAUGACAAUGAAUAUGCAGAAGAAAAGGAGAGCUACAUCUGUGCAGUGUGUCUGGAUGUUUAUUUCAACCCCUACAUGUGUUACCCUUGUCACCACAUCUUCUGUGAGCCCUGCUUACGGACUCUUGCCAAAGACAAUCCUGCAGGCACUCCCUGCCCAUUGUGUCGGACAAUUAUUUCCAGAGUCUUUUUCCAGACAGAACUGAACAAUGCCACAAAAACAUUCUUUACUAAAGAAUAUUUGAAAAGAAAACAAAGCUUUCAGAAAUCCAGCUCUGCAAAGUGGCCCCUACCAAGCCGCAGAAAAGCAUUCCAUCUUUUUGGAGGUUUCCACAGACGUGCAGCUCCAGUUACAAGAAGGCAGUUUCCACAUGGUGCACAUAGGAUGGAUUAUCUGCACUUUGAGGAUGAUAGCCGUGGAUGGUGGUUUGACAUGGAUAUGGUGAUCAUCUAUAUUUAUUCAGUGAACUGGGUCAUUGGAUUCAUUGUUUUCUGCUUUCUUUGCUAUUUUUUCUUUCCAUUUUAG